AGACACUCUGUAUAUACCCAGAUUAUAUAAAAAAAGUGUGUAGAAACUACAUAUAUAAUGCACAGUGUACUGUAAUACACUUAUAAACUACAAUGCAAAUACAUUAAGAGAAGUACAAAUAAAUAUAGGGAAGAUCAUCUGCAUGUAGAGCUCAUAUAUGGACACAUUACAUCUGUGUGAAACAUUGAUCAAUUGUCUAAUUAGGCAUGUUAUGUCUACUAUACAUGCAGAAUAGAACAGGGCAUAGAGAUGAGGCUUCCCAUGGUAAAUGCAGCUAGUUUAAAUCCCUUCUAAGUCAGUUAUAACAUACUGUAAUAAACCUAGAAAGGCCUUAAUAAGCUUUAUAUGCUUAUAUGCAUAAGGGAAAUUCUUUCCAUGAAAAAAAUGUUCUAUUUUCCAAAGUGGCAAACUCACCUCUUACUAUGGUGUUUUCCACUACCCUCUAACAGUACACUGCUGUGUAUUGAUCCCAUGUCAGUUCUGGGAAAGCAUUAAUGUGAGCAGUGGAAACUAACACAGAAAAAGAUGAUAUUUACACAUUGAGAAAGAGGAACAAAACUUUUCUACAAGGUAAGUGUAUUGCCUUUUGUUUGCUUAUUAAAAUGCCACUUUCAUAUGCCUUUAUAUAGUGGGUCUAAGUACCAUUGCCUCUGACUGCAAUGUAAUGUAUUGUCACAAUGCAUUAACAACAUUUAAAUGUAUGGCAACAAACAGAGCAAUUAUUGGUUUCUCUGCUCACUUAUAUAUUUCCUCCCAAAAAAGGCUGAAGUUUUGGUAAGUAGAUGGAUUUUUUAAUUUGUUGUUCUUGUAUAGAGCGCAUUGGGGGAAACAGACAAGAGUUUAACGUUCACCUUUCAAUGAGUACUGAAACCUGCAGUUUUCAUGCUGUUUAGCAUAUUCACAGUAGGGAUCUGAAGAUGAUGUUUACUUCAGUGCGACCUGAAGAGGAUGCAAGCUUCAAUCAAGGGUUUAAUACAUUAUUCAAUCAUAUAUUAAGGUUCCUGAGCAAUAAUACUUUCCCACUCUGUGGCAUUCAUGUUCGGAGUCUCCGUACAAAUGCAAGAACACUGCAUGCUGCAUCCACUAGUCUGGCUGUGAAAUUUCGGCCUCUCUAUGUCUUGGUGGGAACUGGUGGAGGUUACAUAGGCUACAGACAGUAUGAAAGUUACAAGGAUCACCGCCUGGAGAAUUUAGGCAUUGAGUUUCCACGGAAAGUAGCAUACUCCUGGGAGGUUGCUCUUUACAAGUCUGUGCCCACAAGACUACUAUCUCGCGCCUGGGGCCGCCUGAAUCAGGUGGAAUUGCCAACAUGGUUGCGUAAACCAGUGUAUAGUUUAUACAUUUGGACAUUUGGGGUAAAUAUGAAGGAAGCUGCAGUGGAAGAUCUGCACCAAUAUCGCAACCUCAGUGAGUUCUUCCGUAGAAAGCUGAAGCCACAGGCCCGACCAGUGUGCGACUCCCAUAUUAUGAUAAGUCCAUCUGAUGGAAAAAUCCUACACUUUGGCAGAGUGAAAAACUGUGAGGUGGAACAGGUUAAAGGGGUCACAUACUCUCUGGAGUCCUUUCUGGGGCCACAGACCUGGACUGAAAACGUGUCUGUCAGCAAAACUUCAUUUCAGGACAAGUUGGUGACAAAAGAAGGAAACCAGUUGUAUCAUUGUGUCAUUUAUCUGGCACCUGGGGACUAUCACUGCUUCCACUCACCCACUGAUUGGAAUGUGCAUCACCGCAGGCAUUUUCCUGGCUCCCUCAUGUCGGUGAAUCCAGGAGUAGCUCGUUGGAUAAAAGAGCUCUUCUGUUAUAAUGAGCGAGUCGUACUUACAGGUGGCUGGAAACAUGGAUUCUUUUCCCUGACGGCAGUGGGGGCCACAAAUGUGGGCUCUAUACGCAUAUAUUUUGAUAGGGAUUUACAGACUAACAGCCCUCGCUACAGUAAAGGCUCUCACAACGAUUUAAGCUAUGUAACGAACAAUAAUCAGGAUGGAAUUGUUAUGAGGAAAGGAGACCAACUAGGAGAAUUUAACCUUGGUUCCACCAUUGUCUUGAUCUUUGAGGCGCCAAAAGAUUUCACUUUUAACUUGAAGGCUGGGCAGAAAAUACAUUUUGGUGAAGCUGUGGGUUCUAUGUAGAACACCAUUUGUAAUCCUGCCUUGAAGAUGAAACGUGCCCAGUUGCACUGUUCUGCUCUGAAGAAGCCUGGUGCUGACAGACACGCGGCAGUGUCUCUGCAGAUGUAAAUGUCUGCACAUGCUAAACAUAGUGGUGGUGGUAGUAGCUGCACAAACCAUCUGCUCUGCCCACUGCAUCAUACACCAGCCCCUUCCUACUCUCACUCAGCACUUAUUUUUGGUUGCUUCCAUUUUUUUCUCUCUCCUUGUUUAAGAGAUGUUGGUUGUUGACUUUUGCAAUGCUGUGCUGGAGCAGCUUGUUGCCAUUUUUAAAAAAAUGAAGAAUGUCUAUUUUUUAUGACAGCAAUCAUUUUUGUAAUCUUUGAAAAUUGCUACUUUUAUCAGUCGAUGGAGGAAUGCCAUAUACUAGGAAGAGAAAGGACAAACUGCCAACCUCAGGGAAGUGCUACCCUUAAGGCAGCCUCUGUCCCAACACUGACAUUCACCCAAAUGAUGACUAAAUUGACGCCAUCUUAUAGACCGGAAAAUGAAGGUCAGAUUCCUGUGUGCAGAACCUGCUUCAGAUAUGUGGGUGGAGGAUUAGCACUAUGGAUUUUUACUGAAACCUUGGAGAAGCUGUAGCACUUCUCUUUUUUACUUUGGAAGGGUACAAUUUAUGUAAUACAUUAAUUCAUUUAAUAGUUAACAUUUUGAAAUAAAAUAAUAAAAGAUCCAAUAAAAAACA